AAAUGACGAGGUGGUUUGGGUUUCGUAUAUAACUUUGUAUGGGUAUAGACAGGAGGAAUACCGUAAAAUAAAAACGAUAUUAUAUUUGUACGAUUAUACGGUAAUCAGUAGGGGAAAAAAAAAAGGCGAAGGGAAGAGAGAGGGGCUUUCCCGAAGAUCGAUUAGAGGUUAGAGUGUUUUUGAUAGAGAUCUCCACCUCUUUCUCUCUUCGUGAAAACGAGGGAUUUUUGCCGAUCUUCCUCUUCUUCUCUGAUCAUCAAUGGGUUUGUGGGAAGCUUUUCUCAAUUGGCUCCGAAGAUGAUAAUGAACAGUUUGCAUCCCAAAGAUGCAUAACAGACUUAAAAGAGAGCAAAAGCUGAGAAAAAAGGAAUAUGAAUGGAACAAUUACAGUUGCAGGCCUCUUUUUCAAGCAGGAAAUGGAGCUGUCUUUGAUAGGACUUCAGAAUGCUGGAAAGACUUCACUUGUAAAUGUUGUAGCGACUGGUGGAUACAGUGAGGAUAUGAUCCCCACGGUAGGAUUUAAUAUGAAAAAGGUAACAAAAGGGAAUGUUACAAUAAAGUUGUGGGAUCUUGGAGGUCAACCUAGGUUCCGAAGCAUGUGGGAGAGAUACUGUCGAGCAGUUUCUGCUAUAGUGUAUGUCGUUGAUGCUGCAGAUCCUGAUAACUUAAGCAUUUCGAAACGUGAACUUCAUGAUUUGUUGAGUAAACCCUCAUUGAGUGGUAUACCAUUGCUGGUGCUAGGAAACAAGAUUGAUAAGCCAGGAGCUCUGUCUAAACAGGCUUUGACUGAUCAAAUGGAACUCAGAUUAAUUACAGAUAGAGAAGUUUGUUGCUUCAUGAUCUCAUGCAAGAACUCAACCAACAUUGACUCAGUUAUUGAUUGGCUUGUAAAGCAUUCAAAAUCAAAAAGCUGAAUAGGCUUUGACUUCUUUCUUUUUCCAUUUGUGUGUCAUAAUUUCUGAAGGAUUCACUUGUGGGUUGUUGGUGGUGGGAUUUACUUGUCUAACUUGAUUGCUGAUUAUUUUUGUUCUUGUUUUUAUUUGCUCCAAAUUGCUUUCUGUAGUGUUUUUGAAUUUUCUUUGAGGAAUUGGACAAUCUCCCUCAUACUCCUCACCAAUGUAAGGGCUAUAUAGCCAUAGACGAAAAAAAAAAAAAAAAAAUCUUUUAAUCAAAAUUAAAUAUAUGUUUAUAAUAAUAUUUUUUUAUACUUUAAAUCA